AUGAUAUUCAUUUUGAUUUCAGUAUCUGUAACAGAGGAAGUUACUACGACUGAAUCUAAUACUACUGCAGAUGAAGACACGACAAUUCAAGAAACUACUGUAUCUGUAACAGAGGAAGUUAUUACAACUGAAUCUAAUACUACUACAGUUCCCCAGACCGAGCAGACAACAACAAAUUAUUCAACAACUCAACCAACAGAUGGAGACACGACAAUUCAAGUAACUACUGUAUCUGUAACAGAGGAAGUUACUACGACUGAAUCUAAUACUACUGCAGUUCCCCAGACCGAGCAGACAACAACAAAUUAUUCAACAACUCAACCAACAGAUGAAGACACGACAAUUCAAGAAACUACUGUAUCUGUAACAGAGGAAGUUAUUACAACUGAAUCUAAUACUACUACAGUUCCCCAGAACGAGCAGACAACAACAAAUUAUUCAACAACUCAACCAACAGGCGAAGACACGACAAUUCAAGAAACUACUUUAUUUGCUACAGAGGAAGUUACUACGACUGAAUCCAAUAUGACUACAGUUCCUCAGACCGAGCAGACAACAACAAAUUAUUCAACAACUCAACCAACAGGCGAAGACACGACAAUUCAAGAAACUACUUUAUUUGCUACAGAGGAAGUUACUACGACUGAAUCCAAUAUGACUACAGUUCCUCAGACCGAGCAGACAACAACUAAUUAUUCAACAACUCAACCAACAGUAUCUGUUACAGAGGAAGUUACUACGACUGGAUCUAAUACCACUGCAGUUCCUCAGACCGAACAGACAACAACUAGUUAUUCAACAACUCAACUAACAGAACAAGUAACCACUGAAGAAGACACUACAACGACAUACGUUACAACCACCGUGCCAGAUAUAGAUGAAUGUAAGACAACUUGUAAAUCAGAAGGUCAAAUUUGUGAGAACACUGUAGGAUCCUAUUCAUGUUUGUGCAAUGUGACAGAAAAUUAUGAACAAAAUUCUGAUGGUUCUUGUAAAAAAGUUUGCCCGGACAGUUGUCCCGAGAAUUCAGAAUGCAAGUACCCUGUAAUAGGCUGCGAAUGCAACAAGGGCUUUGAGAGCUCUGCAUAUAAUAGUAUAUGUGAAGGUUAG